AUGUUCUCCUCCAAGUCUGUCCAGUCGCUGCAAAGGCUGUUCGCCGGCUACCACGAGCCGCUCCCGCUGUCCAAGCAGCAGUCCCAGAAGCUACUAGACGGCCUGAAGGCAUCCUUCCGACGCCAGCUCGACCACGAAUAUGGACGCGCCUCGGACCGCGCCGUCGUACCUGCCAGCGUCACGGGCCGCGACCUCGAGGUCCGACACUCGGCCGCGACGCGCCAUCUGAAAUCGAUCCUUUCGAACCCGCUGUUCAGCUACCCGCGCCAGUCGGAGCCCCAGAUGAUCAUGUCCUCGCUGCCCGCAUCGAACCGCGACCCCAUGGAUGUCUUUGACCAUGCCAUUGCGAGGGGCAUGAUGACGCUCCGGGCGGCGACGGGGUGCAUUAUGGCAAAGAGGAAGCAGCUCUCAACCUCGGGACCUGAUUCGGGCCUGGCCUCCUCCGAGACCGCGGCGCGCGUCGUGCGAUGGCUUCGAUCGUCCGGCGCGGAGGCGGAUCUCAAGUUCCUGGAUGGCCCGCAGUUUAUCCGUUCGCUGGUCCCCUUCCUCGUUGCCGAGGGCUUGGAGAACGUGGCGUGGGACUGGACCACUCGCACCGUCAAUGACGAGUCGGAAGCUUGGAGCAGCGCCCUCCGCACCAAGCGUGCCUCGCGCGUGCUGGCCGAGCUUGUCCGCUCAAAGAGCCAGCCGCACCAUGGAGACCUGGACGCCGCCAUUUCCACUAUCAUAGAGGCAGAGCAGCGCUUCCACGCGAGCCCCCUGCUCCCCGGCCUCUUGACCCUCCCGUGGCGGUCCGUCUCGUGGCUCUCCACCGUUGAGGCCUACAGCAGGACGACGCCCUCGGAGGAGCUUUUUGACGCCCACCUAGCGGCGGCGGAUCUCCUUCCCGGGCCCUUUACCGUCGAGAGGGCCCACCUCAACCUUUGCCACCCGACUCACCCCGAUCUCACCCCGGCCCUGCGUUUCUUCAAGGAUGGACUGAGGCUCAGGGAGCUGGUGCUGAAGCUUCAUCCGGGCAAGAUGGACACGGCAAAACUCAAGGGCUUGGGCGUGAUUCCUUGGAUAGCCUUUCUCGGCCACGACACGGUCAAUCACCUGAUGCGCCUGGGCAGAAACCGGGAUGCCGAGGACGUAACGGAGCUCCUCUGCUCAGAACUGCCGGAUUUGUUCACAAAUACCCCCAACCUCACGUGA